AUGUCGGCCAACGUAGCCCUUUCCUCCAGGCACCGAAGUGAUAUGGCUACUUUGUUCGAUGUCUUUUGUGAGGUUGGGGCUGGCGGACAAGACGGCCUUCCUGUGAUACUAACAAAAUAUCCAGAAGAUUACAACGAUGAGCAUGCACUAAAAAGUGUUCGGCAGUUCAGCUUUCCAUGUGGCCUCAAGGAAGCGGACUCCGAUGCUGUUCAACUUUUCUCUUUUGUACUAACAGACUCGCAAUCUCAGUAUACAUUUGGUUAUUGCCGGUUUACUCCGAGAAACAAUACAUGUAUCUGCAUAUUAAGCGGUUUUUCAUGGCCUGGAGUAUUUUACAAAGUUUUGAAUCAUGUUUCAAUCAUUAUGAAUAAUGGCACGCAGGACGACUUGGACGCCAUUCUCACGCGGAUAUAUCAUACAGACAUUCCUAACAUAGGCGACACACUCCAGUUUGAAUGCCACAAUGGAAUGCAUAAACUUGAGGUAAAGGUUCCUGAUAUUACUAAGCUGCCCACCCUUCGUGAAGACAAAUUUAUGUUGGAGUUUUAUAACGCUGUUUCGCCUCGACAGAUGUUGGCAAUUUAUGCUAGUUUGCUCAAAGAACGCCGUGUAAUCUUUACUGGAAGGAAACUAAGUCAACUUAGUUCGUGCAUUUAUGCCGCGUCUACGCUUCUUUACCCAAUGUUUUGGCAAUCCGUCUUCAUACCAGUUUUACCUGAAUCUCUACUUGACAUGGUCAUGGCUCCGAUGCCCUUCCUUAUCGGUGUUCCAAAGCAAGUGUUGGAAGCUAACGUGUUGAAAGAUCUUGGCGAAGUAGUUAUUGUGGAUCUCGAGGAUAAAACACUCCAAAGCGCACAUAACGAUGUGGCUGACAUUCCUAACGAGGUCGUUAUGUAUUUAAAAGGUCAGCUGAAAAAUUCUUCGGAUAUGGGAGAUUCGAUAUCAAGAAGUUUUCUCCGGGCUAAUGUUCUACUCUUUGGUGGUUAUCGAAUGGGUUUUGUCAGGAGCGAAUCAACGGGGGUGGUACAUUGGGAUAAGGAGAAGUUCGUACGUGAACAGAGGUCAUCGUUCCAGCCGUUUUUGUUGUCAUUAAUUGGAACAGACGGUGUUCAGUACCUUGAAAGGUUUAUCGAGGAGCGUACACGAGCACUCAAUUGUGGUUUGCCAAUUUCGGACGAAUUCGAAACAGAGAUUGGGAAUAUGGACAAGCUGAAGACACAGGUGAAGGACAACGCUAGUGAUGUGAUCGGCGCAUUGAAAGAUAAAGUUACGGGUAUUCAGAUCGGUGCGAAACUGAACAAACUGACGCCGAAGGAUAUUCGAAAGCCUAAGAACUGGACACUGAAGAAGGGGUCAAAGAGUGGCGGCUUUGAGCCAAUGUCAUUUGACAACAUCCAAUGGCGUGAGCCAGGGGCCGAUAGUGACUCAUCUGGUGGUUCGUCCCCUCGUCCAAAUGACUCGUCGAAUGUACCUGUUGCUAAUCUGAUCGAUUUGGAUACCCCGAUUGAAAACCCUGCUCCUCAUGAUAAUAUCUCAUCAUCUAACUCUCUUUUCUUGGAUUUGGAGCCAUCUCCGUCGUCUUCCGUUGCUCCAUCUAGGACGCAACAAUAUCCAGUCGUGGCACCGAUUCCAGUUGGUCAGUCAACGUUCUACACAACCGCCAUAGAUCCUUUUUUUGAUCCCUUCAAAACGCCUACCAGUCCCAGCGAGACGAAUGCGGCGCCAGUCAACCCCAAGAAUAAAUGGGAGACUUUCGAUUAG